UUUGAUCCUCAAAGCUUCGACAACAGUCGAGUUGGACUCACUGACAAUGGGCGCGUCCAGCUCCAUGAAGAAGGCCGUGACGCUCUCGGCAAAGAUCGUCGACGUCGAGAUCGACGCGUUCGGCGGCUUUAUGUACGGGCUCGCAGACCAGCACGAAGUGCAGCACUACCUCCCGCCGCAGUUUCCCAUCAUCCCGCGGCUGACGCAACCCAACAUUGAGAUUUGCCGGCGCACGUGGGACCUCAUCCAGACUGCUGGCACGGACAAGAUGAAGCAGUACGGGAAGCCCGGCAUCAUCCUCUUCUACGACGAGUUCUUUCACCGCAUCUUCGAGCGCGACGCGACGAUCCGCGAGGUCUUUCCCAAGGUCCAGCAGCGCGCCGAAGUGUUGAUCAAGGCGAUCAGCUUCAUCCUUGCGACCCGCGCUGGGACGCCCGCCAGUGUCGAGGAAACCGUGACGACGUGUCGCUUCCUCGGACACAAGCACCGCUCGUUUGCCAAGGUCCGGCCGCACCAUUUUGCGCAAUAUACCAACACGUGUAUUGAAGUGCUCAUGUACUGGCUCGGCGAGGCCGCGUCGCAUGACGUGGGCAUGGCGUGGAGCCACACUGUCGGGUUUGUGCUGCGGCAUAUCUUAGAGGCCUUUCUCUUCCAGCGCACGGACCCGUACGAGUCGUACCAGGUGACAACGAUCGCAGCCGUGCGCGAGAUCACAGAGUCGUCCGUGGGCUCUGCCUCGCGCACGGAGAAGGCGAGCCGUCUGAACAAGUAGAGUCGCUUGCGUGCUGCCACGUACGGCUCUGAACGUGUGUUUCGAUUGGCCAAAAUGCAUUUUCAUCUGGCCCAA